UUACUUUGAUUGUUGGCAUUUUGACAGAUCCAGAACGUGGUUGCAUUUUAUGUGCAUGGUGAUGGUUAUAUGUAUAAAGUUGACCAAAGUAGAAGCAUGGCAGACCCCUCUGGCUGUGUCGCAGACCUUUCAGAAGUAGAUCCUGCAUAUAAUUGUCCGCAUUGUACAAAGAGUUUUCUAGACCCUAGAUCAUUGUAUCUUCAUGUUCGUUGUCAUGGCGAAAAAAAGCACAUCUGUAAAGACUGCGGAAAAGGAUUUACUCAAGUCUGUCAUCUCAAGAGACACAUAAGAAUACAUACAGGAGUCAGACCCUAUCAGUGUACUGAGUGUAGAAAGACCUUCACCCAGAUGGCGCACCUGGACACCCACUACAAAUCACACACAGGUGAAAAAGAAUACGUCUGUCAGAAAUGUGACAGGAGUUUCAUCCAGAAAAGCCAGCUGAGUCGUCACAUGAGAUCCCACUCCAGUGACCGGCCCUACACGUGUCCCACUUGUGGGAAAACCUACAAAUUCAGCGACCAUUUGUACACUCACAUGAGAGUUCAUUCUGGGGAAAAACCUUACAAAUGUGAUGAAUGUGCAAGAACAUUUUCUGCCUGCUCUAAUUUAAAUCUUCAUAAAAAAUCACAUUCUAUAAAGAGGGAGAAAUUUGUGUGCUCCACUUGUUCUCGGACAUACCGCUCAAGGGAGCUGUUGGCAAAACAUGAACUUAACCACAAGAAAAACAUUCACUGUGAAUACCAGUGUCAGAUGUGCAGUGUUAGUUUUAGUAAAGCUGUAAAAUUCCAAGAGCAUGUGAAGAUCCAUAGGCACCAUGCAAAUUCAUCACCUAUUUGUUUUAUUUGCAAGAAACAGUUUGGAAGCGAGGCUACCUUAAACAACCAUAUAAAAUGUCAUGACAAGAAAUUCUCAUGUCAUAUUUGCCAAAGACAUUUCAGUGUAAACAGUUUUCUUCAAAUGCAUAUGGCUCAACACUCAGGACUCAGGUUGCCAUGGCGAUGUCUUGUAGAUCCCUGCACUGAAGAAUUUUCCAGCAUGGAAGAGCUUCAGACACAUGCAACAUCUAAACACUUCUCAGAAACAUGCAACAUCUAAACACUUCUCAGAAACAUGCAACAUCUAAACACUUCUCAGAAACAUGCAACAUCUACACACUUCUCAGAAACAUGCAACAUCUAAACACAUCUCAGAAACAUGCAACAUCUAAACACUUCUCAGAAACAUGCAACAUCUGAACACAUCUCAGAAACAUGCAACAUCUAAACACUUCUCAGAAACAUGCAACAUCUAAACACUUCUCAGACAAAUGCAACAUCUGAACACAUCUCAGAAACAUGCAACAUCUAAACACUUCUCUGAAACAUGCAACAUCUGAAAAAUUCUCCAGUCUGCAUGAGAUACCUAGACAUUGUUCACUUGAACCACUCAACAUGCAAAUGUGUUAUGAUUAAAGAUGCAGGGUUGUCUCCAAGACCCGGGGGGGUGGGAGGUGGAAUUCCCCCGUGUAAAAUGACGCAAUUACGCAGCUAUUAUUGCAUUUCAAACACAAUGUAGCCAUACGCUAGACCCCUCCUCCUUUUUUAUUUCUUCCCUCUACUUCAAUUUUUAGAGACAACCCUGAAGAUGUGGUGAAAUAUUGAUGCUUCAAUAUUUUAAUCUAUUUUUUUGUUAUUAAUGCUAAUAAUUCUGUUUUUAAUUUCUGCAUGUCUGCAUUUGUUCAUAAAUUGUGACUGAUCAAAUGUAGUUUCUUAUACAUGUAAUUAUAUUUCACAAACUCAAAUUUUGUUGUCGUUCAUUCUAUGAAGUCCUAUUCAAGAAUUGAUCUUGAUACAUGUACAUGUAAAAUAAAUGCACGGACAUGUGUCGGACACAGCAGUACUUUCUAAGUAUAGUACUGUUGUCUUGGGGAAAGGUACUGGUUAUUUUGGUUAAAAAUGAAAAAAAAAUAUCAAACCUCAAGGAAAGCUACAAAAAUUGUGGAUCCAAUUAUGAUAAGUUUUCUUUCAUGUAUCAAUAACUGGUAGACAAAAACUCUAAUUGCUGAUAAAUUUUAUUAGUAGAAAAUACGCAUCUAAAUAAGAGUAUCACAUUUUAGAUCAAAUGGUUUGUACAAAAGCUAACGUGGUAAACCUGUCAUUAAACCUGAUCAUUUUAAAACUCUGUAUAACUAUCACAAAAAAGAUUUUAAAUUGAUCAAAGCUGUUUGAGAAAUCAGAACAUAUACAGUCAAACUUCCUUGUCUCGAACUAGAUUGGAGAGGUUAAAAACUUCGAGAUAUCCAAGUAUUCGAGAUAUCGAGGGUAAAUUUCUUAAAGUUUAUGUGGUUGGGACUUACAAAUCAGUUCGACAUAUCCAUUGUAUUCGAAAUAUCGGUGUUCGAGAUACUGAAGUUCAACUGUAGUAUAACAUUGGUAUUCUUGUGGAAAUUUGUACCUAGAUCAGUUUCCAAAUGCAUACAUCGAGAAGUAGUUUAACAGGACCACCAUGUAAAAAUCUGAUGUAAACCUGGGGACAUAUGAAUACUGAUGUCUGGUGCCCAAUUAUAUAUGUAAAAUACGGGAAAGGCUGAUACAACCCCCUUCCCCCUCUCCCAAAAAAAGAACAAAAAAAAAAUCUAAACAUAAGGUACGGUACAAAUACAUGUCCAAGAAAAUUGUGUAGUGGAUAACUUAAUACAAAAUUAAUACUCUUUAAUUCUAAUAAAAUUAUUCUAAAGUAAUAAGCAAAUAACCAAGUGUAACCUGCAUUCUAUUGAAUUACAUUAACUCCCUUGUUUUCAAUACAACCUUUUUUUUUCUCAGUACAAAGACAACAGUUUAAGGUUGUUUACAAAAAUAAAAUGAAUACAAAUCAUUACAAAAUGCAAACAAUUUGUUUUUAAAUCAAAACAAUAAAAGCAUGUUUAAUAAUUCAGAGUUUGUUCUAAGGCAAGCAAAGCGCACAUAUUUAAAGAAUGUCCAAAAAAUAUCACUUACAUUUGUAAUGAGGACCUGCUGAAUCAAUGCUUAAUUAUGAAAUUGCCAAGUUUUCUUUAAAUGAAAUUCAUAUGUAUAAUAAAAACAUAUUCAUUAAUAUGCAGCUACUAAUUUUUGUACAUGUAUAUUAGAGACAGUUUAUGGUAGAAAAAAAAAUGUGUCAUUGAAAAAAGUUUACAUAUCGUGAACGUAAUAAUUUAAAAGAAUGUUUAAAAAUCCUACUUGCUUGCAAAUCAAGAAAUAUCUUUUACAAGUAAUAUGAGAUUUGUUAUU